GCUGCCACAACGCACAACCCUUCAGCUCUAGCCCUCCAUCUCCAACUCCCUCUCCCUCUCCAACCCCCUCUCCCUCUCCCUCUUCCCCUCCUCUCUCUCUGUCUAGGCGGCAUCACCAACAGCAGCAGAAGCAGGCGCAGCAACAGGCGCAGCAACAGGCGCAGCAACAGGCGCAGCAGCAGGCGCAGCAACAGGAGCAGCAACAGGCGCAGCAACAGGCGCAGCAACAGGAGCAGCGACAGGCGCAGCAACUGGCGCAGCAACAGGAGCAGCAACAGGCGCAGCAACAGGCGCAGCAACAGGCUCAGCAACAGGCGCAGCAACAGGAACAGCAACAGGCGCAGCAACAGGAGCAGCAACAGGAGCAGCAACAGGCGCAGCAACAGGCGCAGCAACAGGCUCAGCAACAGAUGGCGCAGCACAAGCAGCAGCCACUUGUGGCCCUUCCAAUGCUCCUGUAG